AACAUGAUGCAGCUAAAGUGUCACCAAUUAAUUGGACUUUUACACUUCUUAUACUUGUUCCAUCAUGCUAAAGCUCUCAGUUGUCACUCUGAAAGGGGAAGCUGCUUUUCGCCUUGAAGGAAACCCUGAGAAUUCCCUUUUCCUUUCAUGUUUAAGUCUCCAAUGUUUUUCAGUGGCUAAAAGGUGAUGUGCUGCAUUAAGGCUUCAGUGUAGGUUAACUUGGCUACUAGAAUUAAGAGGUUUAGUUGUGUAAUAAAUCUUAAUGUUUGAAGGAAUUAACCAUGGUAAUUUUGAGCAUGCAUGGUGAGGAAGUCUAUAAUUUGACUUGUUUGAUUGAGUAUAGAAGGAAGCAUUGUACUUUGGCCAAGUUAAGCUGUUAGAUUUGAAGCUACCUUCUCAGGAAAACCUAAUUGCAGACAAGUUUUAUGGUCGAGGUAAGAUGCUCAUCUUGAGAACAGAAAAAGUUCAUCUAGUUUCCGCAUCUUCUGGCUGCAUCCUUCUCUGUUGAUUCAAAAUGUCAUAAGGACUUGUGAAGGCUCGUAUACUUCAUAUUUGAUAUUCGGCCAAAAAAAAUAAACUCCAUAUUUGAUAACUAAUUAUUGUAACAUCAGUACCGGGAAACAAGUUACCGAGUUACCAGAAAACUAGGGUUAUGUUUAACAAUAAUUCUUGAAGUUGAAGAUGCAUAUAUAUGCUUGAGCUCUAGUUUUCAAGUUAAUAUAUCUGGCAUAAUGUUGAUUGCCAAUUUGUCAUCACUAUCAAAGAGUCAGUAGUACCUCUUUGAUUACAACCGAUUUGCUUAGCUUUGAUUCUCUAGCAUGCCUGUUCAUCAUUUGUGGUUCAAACAGAAUAUUAUCAUGUCAUAAAUUCGGAAUAUCAUC